UGACAGGGUUCUACCCUGUGGUCCUUAGAGAGUCAGUCAGUCAGUGGUUCGGGUAGGUCUAUGUGGUGAGGAGUGGGGCAUUGUCGUGCACCUGAACACCAUGGAUGACUACCCCAUGUAUGGUUUACUCGUUGGGUUCUCCCUCUGGGGGACCCUUUGGCGUUUCAUGUCCCCGUUGGGAUUCUGGAACACAUUCUCAUGUAGGGUAGAGACCAAGGGUGGUACGACCACACACCCCUACACACCUGAAGAGGAGGCCAAGGCCGCCGCAAUCCUGAAGGAGAGGAGAGAGAAGGAGGAGUCCCAGAAGAAGGCCUUGUUGGAGGCGCAUGCGGCGAAAUUGAAGAAGAUUGAGGAGGAGAUGGCCAGAGAGAAGGAGAGGUUGAAGAAAGAAGAAGAAGCGAAGUUAAAAGAGGUGGAAGAGGAGGAGGAGGAAGAUGAGCAGUCGUUGGAAAGGAGGAGAGAGCAACGAGGGCAGUACAGUGGGAGUAAAAAUGAUGAAAUGGAGAAAAGGAUUUCAGAAUGGGUUGCCAACUUGUCUUUGGGAGAAGAGGAGGAGGUUGCCAUGUAUAUCCCCAAGGAUGAGCAGGAGGCCGCCAUGAAAGAAUGGGAUGCAGAGGAAGAUUCCCUGAAGCAGCAAGCGAUGGAGGAUGAGAAAAAGAUGGAGUGGAGACUCAGGAUGAUGAGGGAAAAGAAGAGGAGAGUGGAUGCGGCAAGUGAGGCGGCCAAAGAAUUAGAGCAGGUAAAGAACCUGAGAGAACAGUUGACCGCCCAGGUGGAUCUCCAACGAAAGGUGGAGGUCAUUGCCCAGAGUGUUGAGCGCUUGGCCCGGGUACAGGGAGAACAAUAUGAGUUUAGUAGAAGUCAGGAUAUGGCCGUGCGCUCAAUGCGGAUGGGAUUUCGGGAUUUUGCCCGCGAACUGGUAGGGGCAGUAGGGUCCGAGAUGAACCAUCGCCUCGAGAAGACAGAACGAUUUUGCGUAGGCGCCAUUGAAGGCGUCAAGCUGACAGCUCCCAAGGAGGAAGAGGCACGUCCUCGCAGGGAGCCGGUCAAAGUCAAGUUCCCCGGUUCCUACAGCGGAAAGAGGGACGAGAACUUUGACAAUUGGGAGGCCAACGUCAAGACCUAUGUGCAUUUGCAACAGGUCUCCCCGGAUCAGCACGUGUUGAUUGCAAUUCAUGCGCUUAGAGAUGAGGCUGCCAGUUUCGCGAGAUCCCAAGUCCGCGCUGCUAACUGCAAUGAGGAUGCAGUUGCCUACUUGUCGUUCAUCCCCCUCGCCGAUUUCAUGAAAUUGUUGCGCGAGCGAUUUGCUGAUGUCGCCCGUAGUGUCAAGGCGUCAGAUAGGCUUCAGACAAUCCACUCUCGUAAAUGGAAAAGCGCUAGGGCACUCAAGGGCACAAUGGAUGAAUUAGCGGCUGUACCUGACCACGGGGUCACAGAGACCCAGUUGGUCAGCCUCUUCUACCGGGCUAUGCCCGAAGCCUUGCGAGGGCAUUUCUUCGCGAAGAGUGAAGACCCUGCCACCACCUAUGAUUCCCUUAGCCGCGAAGUGGUGGCUUUUGAGGCAAAGUCGGUAUCAGCUUCCACUUUCUAGCACAAAGACUUAGACAAAGGGAAGCAAUGGAAAGGUCGCACUAUCUCAGGGCAAGUUAAAACUAAGGAUAGUCUUGUCCUCACUCUAAAUGAAGGUAGUGUUGAUGA